GCAGAAAAAAAUUACUCAGAAAAAGAUUACUGAGAUUACUUCUCGGGCAGCGAAUUAUUAGUUUGUUCCUCGAUAAAUCGGACGGAAAAUGGCCAGCCAAACGCAAGGAAUCCAGCAGUUGCUCGCGGCGGAGAAACGGGCCGCCGAUAAGGUGGGCGAAGCGAGGAAACGAAAGCAACGCCGAUUGAAGCAGGCCAAGGAGGAGGCCCAGGAGGAGAUCGAGCGGUACCGUCAGGAGCGGGAGAGGCAGUUCAAGGAGUUCGAGGCGAAGCACAUGGGAAGCCGUGAAGGAGUUGCGGCCAAGAUUGAUGCCGAUACGGUUCGGAAGAUCGAGGAGAUGAACAGAUCGAUUUCGGUCAACAAGGCCGCGCUGCUGAGCGAAAUCCUGACGCUGGUGUACGACAUCAAGCCAACGCUGCACAAGAACUAUCAGCCAUCGAAGGCCAAGUAAAGGGGCCGCACGACCCGCUGCCGGCCAGCCGAGAGGCAAUAGAUCUACACGGCUCCCAACAUUGAAGCGACGUAAGUGCAAACGAGUCCACUGCGUGCGUGCGUGCGUUGUGUGUCGCUAGUAUUGCGGACGCCGGACACACGGACGCCAACGAGCAGAUAAAACAACAUAAAUCCUAGUUACAAUUGCAGCCCGAAGUCUCACACAAACGCCAUUAGCAGUAUCGUUGUUCAGAAAGCAGCAAAAAAAAUGCGAGAUCCAUUCGAAGGCCCACGGAUUCUGUAAAUAAUUGUUUAUCGUUACUUGUUUUUCGUCGUUUGCGCGUGUAAAGAUAUCCUCUACUCUGCAAUCCAUUGUUUCGGUUUUAACUUUCGGUUCCAUCGUUAUCAUAUAGUGUCUUGUAUUUCUGCUCUGUCUAGCAAUCCCACAGCUGCUGCAAUCGCCGGUCGGUUGAUGAGCGAGAGCGUUCCUUAUCAUUGCGUUCUAGGCUUCUGUAUCGUUUCGAAAAGUGGUGUAGCCCAAACGCGGGGGCAUCGGUUAAAAAUUGUAGCAAAGUAAAAACGAUCCGUUCCGAUGCUGUCUCAUUCCAGUAACAAAAUGUUCCAAACAAUCGGUGUCCAGUAUCUUGUCGUUCGUGUCGUGGCCGUGAGCUAAUGUCCCACCCACCUCCUUUGAUGUCUCCCCCUUUUGCUAGUUCAAAAGUAAAUCUUAAGAACAUGACAAUAUCACCCAAACGCCUCCGGCUAACGCGGUCGCUGGUAGGGACUUAUCUCGGAUUUACGAAUUAUUGGUUCUCUCUGCGAUAGCGUGAUCGUUCGCAAAAAGCGUAGACCGCCGCAAUUCGCGAAUAUAGCUACUUACCUGCACUUCAAUGUUUCGCUGUGUGUUCCGUUUUCUGAUUCCCCCGUGUUGCGCCCGAAAUACGUUUCAAACGUUCGAUGCCGUAUAGGCUAGUUAUUAGGCAUCAUCGCGAAGCUAUAUCUAUCUAACCCACUAUUAUCCUGAAGAAACCGAACACCGGAAACUCUACCCAUAGUGUACCCCAGCAGCGUAAAAAGCGUUAUUAUCUCAUAAUUCGAAGCUGUAAAGAAACAAAUGUCUCUACAUGGAAUGAAUAUUAAUAUAGUUAUGAUGAAUGCGGUUGAAA